CCACAGCCCUUUCACCUCUCUUGCAAAUUAGUUCUACUGGAGCUCGUGUAAUGCGAAAUAAAGCGGUCGCCAGCUAGUAAUUGACCGUAAGAGGGCCAGCUGUGCUUCGGCAAGUUUUUUGCGACCAUUCAGGAAGCUAUAUGAUAGCGUACUAGGCACCCUAAACAAGUCGGUAGUAAAUCCGACAAGCCAUCGCUACGCAACAACGUUUACCCAAGACAAAUACCGAUGAUGCCGUUUACUUCAUUGAAACGGUACACCCCCGGUGGCUGCGCACAGGGCAGCGGGGCCAGCCCCCCACUAGUUCAGCGACAGUCACCAGACUUGCCGCGCUUUCCCUUGCCGAUGAGAAACACACUUGCACACGACAUGUAACGCCUGCAAAAUCACGUCCCUACAUCACAGACCCAGCUUGCUCACAGGGGCACAAAUGCGGAAGGCACGAAAAGUUGAUGUUUAACUCUGGUAGCCUUGAGUGUGGGACACGCUGGAACGAGCAUCAUGGGGGUCAAAGCCAGCCCCAAGAAAACUGAGUACUCCAAGCAGUACAGGGGGCCGAGAUGGGCGGACCACAGGUUCCUGAAGCUGUGGGAGGAUAACGUAGACUAUCGUGUGCAGCGGCGUCGCGCGGAGCACAGCCACACGCCGUGGGCCUGGCAACGGUGGGACAGCGACACGACGGACAGUGGCAGUGACGAUGGCGCCGGUGCCGGCGGGAGGCCGCAGACCGCGCCGGUCGAUGUCUGGACUAACGAGGAGGAACAGAAUAGACCGCCCGUGGACCAGAAGCGUGACCAGGAAGUGCAGACACCGGAUAGAUGGGCGAGUGACCGGAGAGGGGAAGUGGGCGGACGUGCACCACCAGGACAGGGGCACGAUGCAGGCGACAUUGACGUUCCUUCCAGACCAGCAGAGGCCAAGCCAACUCGAGCGAGCCUUGGUAAGACCAGAGUGAUCUCGACCAAGGCCAGACCGUCACGACCGAUCAGCGCUCCCGUGAGAAGGAAGCCACCACCUCAGCGCCCGCCACUCAAUCCGCCGUUCCUGCCUUACGGGCAGGGGGACAGGGAGAGGGUCACCGGCGACAAGAGGACCUUCAACGUCAGGGCAUCUGUCAGGGAUAAUGAGGAGGUGUACCUCUCGGCCCUGCGAGCGCUGCGCAGACGAGAGAUGCAGGUCAGGGCGGCGCUGGAAGCCAGACACAGAGAUGCGCAGAAACGGGUGGCGCUGUCCAGGAGCCGCACAACCCUCCCGCCGUCCAAGUCCGACAGCUCGCAGUGGAGGACAGAAUACCAGAGCAACUACCAACCAGGGUUGUAAUCAGCACCCGUUCUUCCCUCCUUUGACGGAAUUUUGCAGCUAGGGACCGAAAAAAAAUUGCCCAUUCCAUCCUCUGUGACGGACAAAAAUCGAUAGGUAGAGAUAGAACACGGGGGACGGAAAAUGAUUUCAGGGUGGCUACCCCAGUCUGCUGUCUGACAGGGGUGCCCACACUGUC